CCCAACUACUUCUUUCUAUCUCCUUGGAAACGUAAACGUUGCUUUGCUUGAGUGAUUGAUUGAGAAUUUGAAAGGGAUAUACGGAAGCUACAGAAAUGGCUACAGUGGGAAGAAACAUGGCAGCUCCUCUACUCUUCCUCAACUUGAUAUUGUAUAUUCUUGUGGUGGGUUUUGGUAGUUGGUGCCUCAACAGGUUGAUCAAUGGCCAGACCCACAACCCUGGGUUUGGAGGGAACGGUGCAACGAUGUUCUUCCUGGUAUUCGCCAUACUGGCGGGUGUGGUGGGCGUGGCAUCAAAGUUUUCCGGCGGUAACCACAUCAGAGCAUGGAGGAACGACAGUCUAGCAGCAGCAGGAGCAUCAGCACUGGUUGCAUGGGCCAUCACUGCACUAGCCUUCGGAUUAGCUUGUAAGGAGAUCCACAUAGGAGGGCACAGGGGCUGGAGACUGAGGGUGCUAGAGGCACUGAUAAUAAUAUUAACAUUCACCCAACUGCUCUACCUCAUGCUGCUCCAUGCUGGGGUUUUCAGCAGCAAGUAUGGUCCGGGUUACAGGGAUACUGAGUAUGGCACCGGAGCUCCUGCCGUCGAUCCGGGACAUAAAGGUGGUGUUGCCGGAACUAGGGUUUAAAUUAAGGACGAAGUAGCUAGUAUAUACCACUGUUUUAUUCUUAGACUUGCAGGGUUUCUGUGUUUGGACAUCUUGUAUGUUCCCCUCCCCCCUCUUUUUUUUUUUUCUUUUUUCUUUUAAUUUGUGGUUAAUGUAAAUAAUGGUGGUGUUUGUGUUGUGUGUUGUAUUGUGGAGAUCAGUUGAACAGCUUUUAACUGUUUGAUCUCAAUACUAUGGGUGGUUUCCCCUGGUUUUGGUUUGAGCAACAGCAGAGAUGCUUUUGGGUUUUUGUUUGUU